CAGAAGUUUUCAGACAAUUUUAAUGAAAUACCUUCUGAAAAUUUUGAUUAGCAGCUGAGAAGACACCGAAGUCAUCUUCGAGAGUACCGGGAAUCUUCUGCCUGCUAAUACGGAGAAGAAAAUAAAAGCAAGAAAGGUCAAAUGACAAGGUCUAUGGAGAUGUGUGGUGGCGCGCCAGUGAUGCGGGGCCAGUCCCGCUACCAGAAUGGUGGGUCAGGGCUUAAGCAGUCCCGUCUGGAGCUGUUACAGGCAGAUUACCAGAAGAAACUAAUGAAAGAGAAAGAAGAAAAGAUGCUACAUAUGUAUGAAGAUGCUCAACAAAGGGCACUCAACAGAGUUUCCCGACCAGAAAAUGGCACUCUCAACCGUGGGGGAUCUGUGCGAGAGUUUUUUAAAGAACGCCGUGCCCUUGAGGCUCAUGGUAAAGGUGGAGUGCCCCCAAUACAACAGCACUACAGCCAGUAUCAGAAAUCUCCAAAUGGUAGCGCCAAGACGUACCAUAGCAGUAUGUCCUACAGCAGUACCACAUCACAUAAGAGCAGUGUGUCAUAUAAUAGUGGUUAUGGAAACAGCCACUCUGGCCCUCAGGAAUACAGAAAUAGUGCGGGUAGAGAUCGUGCCAAUCCUCUUGCUCCUAUUGAGCCUAAGAAUGGUGCUGCAAGUCCACAGAGUGAGCGUGCCAGGGGCAGAGCUCCAGUGCCUCCCAUUCAGCAGAAACCAAGGCUCUACCAGAGGAAACUGUCUGAAGGGAAACAAGAUGUGGACAGGAAUGGCAACCGGAUUUACCAAGGACAGGUGUACCAGGAACAGGGUAACACAGGGUAUCCUGGCACUUCUCCUUCACCUCACCGUAAGGCAGCUGGACCCAGACCCCCGUUAAGGUGGGACAACCACCAGAGUAAGAGGGCAGGGCAGGAGAGCUCACAGAAACUGACAGACUUCCAGAAAUGGCAGCUAGAGCAGAACAAAGCCAGGGAAGAGCGUCUUCAGCGCCAAAAGCUCACACAGCAGUCCAAUUCCAGGGCCAGUGAAGGGUCGGAGAAAGACGAGCAGGAUUCGGGGAUUGAUGUGAAUGAGGAGCUUCGACGGAGAAAAGAAGAGCUGGAGGCCAGGCUUUAUGCUGAGCAAGCUGAACUUCAGAGGAUACAGACUCAGAGACAGCAGAAAGACGAGAAGGAGCAUCAAAAAAAGGCUAGACAGGAGCGUGCAGAGCGCGAAAGACAGAGACGCCUAGAGGAGCAGCGUGAGCGACAGCGGCAUGCAGAAGAAGAACGGAGGCGUCUGCAAAAACAGCGACAUCAGGAUGAGGAGAGAAGGAUGGAGGAGGAGGAAGAGGGGCGCCAUGCGUCCCAGGCAUCACUGAACUCACGAACACACAGACAGUCAGACAACGAAUACAGCACAACCACGAGACAUGGCCAUCCACAGAGGAAAGCCCAGGCCACGACUCACAGGGCUGCACAGCCAGAUCGCAGAAGUGAACGACAAAGAAGCCCAUCACCUGUUAACAAUAAUGAGGAUAUGUAUGUGCCGGGACCAUCCACUGACAUUUACGCUGCUGCUGCCAAUGACAGUGAGGCAUACGGUGAACAUGUAGAAAUGUCAUCUUGCAGGAUUUGUGGACGGUGCUUUGCUAAAGACAGACUUUCCAAGCAUCAGAAAGCCUGUAAAUCUGUCUCAAAACCAAGGAAAGUGUUUGACCCUGUCAAAAUGAGAACUGAGGGAACAGAGCAGGCAAAGUAUGUCAACUCCAAAAAAUAUCAGCGAAAAUCACCCCCGACCAAGAAGUCCAACUGGAGAGCACAGCAUGAGAGCUUCAUUCAAUCUAUCCGCUAUGCUAAGAAGAUGACUGAAUAUGAGGCCAGUGGGAUGAAGCUGUCAGAUCUGCCCCCUCCCCCUCCCUCAGACACCUCUGAUUAUGUCCAGUGCCCCCACUGUAACCGCAGGUUUAACGCUGGUGUUGCUGAACGUCAUAUCCCAAAAUGUGUCAAUAUCAAGGCCAAGCCCCGUCCUCCACCAAAGAGAAGAUAAUUUUAAGAGGCUACGUUGAAUUCACCAAUACGUUCUGUCAUGUGUUUCCUCAGCUAACCCUUAAGCCAUUAAUUAGUGCAUUAUUAUUACAGAUGUGUAUUAGCAUGAACAUGUAUGCCCUGUGCCUGAUUUCUCCCUGAAUCUUCAGAUGCAGUCCUGCUGAAUGCAUUGAUGUCAUUCUGUUUGUACAUAUACAGAUCUGUAUUUAUAAUAUGUCUGUAAAGAAAGGACACUUUUCUCAGAAUAUAGUACUACUAACCAUAUACCAAAGUACAAAUGUAGCCACUUGGACAGCAUAUUAAAGUGAAGACUAUGACCCGGAACAGUACCAAAGGCUUGAAGCAGGAAGGUUAUCCAGUAUGAUAUCUACAAUGUAUAUGCUCACUGUGGCAGGUGUGCUUGUGAAUCAUUUUCAAAUCCCACACUGGUACACGUGCAGGUACUGUGUGUACAUGUAACUGAAAGCAGCUACUAUGUCCACUACGGUAUUGCAGCAAUAACAUAGCUUUGUGUACAUAUAAUAACACUCCAUGUAGAACUGUUGAGACGACAUGUAGGUUAGAAAAACUGAAGUGUAAGUAGUUGAGUGAAGUGUGUGGUAUCCUGCUGAGGUACAUGGCAGGGAACUGAUGUCUACAGGUGGCUGACUGGAUACACAGUUGUACAUGCUGGGAAACUGUCAAUGUUCUGCUGCUGAACCAUUCAUCAUCAUGGGACUUUUUGUAUGUUCAAGUGUGUUUAUGCAGUUUAAUGCUUGUUCUCUGUAAAUCUACUUGAUUGAACACGGACCGGCAUUAGGAUAUAUUAUGGUGUAUUUGUAGCCCACAAGUAUCUAGUUUUACAGAGUUAUGCCCGACUGUGUGUAUGGUGAUGUUGAUCAUGAAAGAACCUGGCUAUUCAGAUCUGAUGAAAAAAUAGUUGUCUCCUACAAACUUCCUGUGAGAUUGAUUGUCAUAUGUUUAGGUUGCUCAUGUAUAUGCUGUAGCUAUAUGUCUGGUGCAGGCCAGCAACAAAAGUGUAGACAAUAUGUUUAGGUUGCUCAUGUAUAUGCUG